UUAAAUAUUGGUAAAAUAUCAAAUACCCACCUGCACCACCGCAUGGACUGUCAAUCGUGAUUAAGACCCCGCCCCUUUCCAAGGUAUAUAAGGGACUCUUCUUUCCCUCCAACAGCAAACACACCAGGCCGAUCAAAGACAGGAUUGAUUGACAGUCAUCAGCUUGAUCUUCUCCUUCGUGUCAACACCUCAGCAAAGAUGUCCUCAGUCUUUCUGAUUUCUGUGUGUCUCUGUCUGUCCAGCGGACUGCUGGCUGCAUACGGUACCUUCGUCCCCUGUCCUCCUGGUUGGACCCAGUCUGGCUCUCGCUGUUUCGGUUACUUCAACCAGCCAAGGACCUGGGCCGAUGCAGAGACCGCCUGCAUCUCUUUUGGAGGGAAUCUGGCUUCCAUCCGCUCAGCAGCAGAACAUGCAUUCCUCAAAGACUUCAUUGUCAGAGCGACCGGUACCCACAAAACCACCUGGAUCGGAGGCCAUGACUCAGUCAAGGAGGGUACGUGGAUGUGGUCUGAUGGAUCCACAUUCAACUACAGAAACUGGAAUGCGGGGGAGCCUAACAACUGUUGUGGAGGGGAGCACUGUCUUACGUUUAACUGGGGUCCAGCUCUCUGCACAGGAAACUGGAACGACUAUUCCUGCAACAACCAGGUGUCUUUCGUAUGCUCCAGGGACGUGUGUGUGUAACUCCAACACACCAUCAUGAUGCUUCUACAGCUCAUCUCUAAUCUCUAUCAUUGAUUCAUCUCUCAUCUCUAUCAUUGAUAAAUCUCUAAUCUUUAUCAUUGAGCUCUCUGCUGACAGAGACACUUGUUUCUUAUCUGAAGAGUAAGGGACCAGUUCACAUUUGGGUUUAAAAUCAGAAAGAAACUGGCUCACUGAGCUGGACCAGAACUAAUCAGUUACUGGACUUUUAAUCUAUAAUAAAUUACACAAAAUGAAAUAUAGAAAACAUUUGAACAGUCAGACAUCUUUUCUGUUCUAGUUUACUGAAUACUAUCUGUUAUGAACAACACCCACUGAUCUGAUUAAAUAUUAACACUUAUUAGAUUUCUCUCUGAGAGUUAUUGUUUGGAUCAAAACAACUCUCAAGUGUGUUAGCUUAGCUUAGCAUAAAGACUGGGAACAGCAAGCCUGACUCCAUCCAAAGGUAAACCUACCAGAUAUGAGUGGUGAUGAUCUUUUUAUCCAAAAUGUCCAGAUAGAAAAUAAAAGUGUAUAUUUUAUCAGAGCUUUCUGUGAUCCAGGAGGAGAAUGCAACUGUAAUAACACUUCAUAAUAACUAUUAAUAAUUCAUAUAGUCCACUGGUUUAAUGAACUGGUUUCUUUUAAUUCUUAAAACUGAUGUGUUGGGUUCUUUAUUCAUCUGAUUUCCUUUACUAUGUAAUCAACUAAGCAUUCAAAAAUAAAAGACAUAUAGUC